CGCAUGCUCCGGUCCCGGCGGGUUAUAAGGCAGCCCCGCCACGGGCCCGGCCCCACAAAGUGCUGGCGAGCUGCGACGUGACUAGCCGGCCGCGUGGGUUCCUUAACGAGCGAACGAGGCAGCUGGUGAAGGACGCCACCUGGACCCUGGGCCCUGCGGAACUCCAGCCGCGUCACGCACACGCUCGGCGCCGUGAGCCGCGCAUAACGAUAUUUGGAUUUGAACUGCAUUUUGGAAUUCAUCUACACAUAAAAUGCCACCAGCAAUUGGAGGUCCAGUUGGAUAUACUCCCCCAGAUGGAGGCUGGGGGUGGGCGGUAGUAGUUGGAGCCUUCAUUUCCAUCGGCUUCUCUUAUGCGUUUCCCAAAUCCAUUACUGUGUUCUUCAAAGAAAUUGAAGGUAUCUUCAAUGCCACCACCAGUGAAGUGUCCUGGAUAUCCUCAAUCAUGUUGGCUGUCAUGUAUGGUGGAGGUCCUAUCAGCAGUAUCCUGGUGAAUAAAUAUGGCAGUCGUCCAAUCAUGAUUGCUGGUGGCUGUUUGUCAGGCUGUGGUUUGAUUGCAGCUUCUUUCUGUAAUACCGUUCAGGAACUUUACUUGUGUGUUGGAGUCAUUGGAGGUCUUGGGCUUGCCUUCAACUUGAAUCCGGCUCUGACCAUGAUUGGCAAGUAUUUCUACAAGAGGCGACCAUUGGCAAAUGGACUGGCCAUGGCAGGCAGCCCUGUGUUUCUCUCUACUCUGGCCCCCCUCAAUCAGGCUUUCUUCGGUAUCUUUGGCUGGAGAGGAAGCUUCCUAAUUCUUGGGGGCCUCCUACUAAAUUGCUGUGUAGCUGGUGCCCUGAUGCGACCGAUAGGGCCCCCGCCAACCAACGCAGGGAAAGAUAGGUCUAAAGAAUCCCUUCAGGAUGCUGGAAAAUCUGAAGGAAAAAAGGGAGUAGGUGAUGCAAAUACAGACCUUAUUGGAGGAAACCCCAAACAAGAGAAACGAUCAGUCUUCCAAACAAUUAAUAAAUUCCUGGACUUAUCUCUGUUCACACACAGAGGCUUUUUGCUAUACCUCUCCGGAAAUGUGCUCAUGUUUUUUGGACUAUUUACUCCUUUGGUCUUUCUCAGUAAUUAUGGCAAGAGUAAACAUUACUCUAGUGAGAAGGCUGCCUUCCUUCUUUCCAUUCUGGCUUUCGUCGAUAUGGUAGCCAGACCUUCUAUGGGACUUGUAGCCAACACAAAGUGGAUAAGACCUCGAGUUCAGUACUUUUUUGCUGCUUCUAUUAUUGCAAAUGGAGUGUGUCAUCUGCUAGCACCUUUAUCCUCCAGCUACAUUGGGUUCUGUGUCUAUGCGGGAUUCUUUGGAUUUGCAUUUGGGUGGCUCAGCUCCGUAUUAUUCGAAACACUGAUGGACCUUGUUGGACCCCAGAGGUUCUCCAGCGCUGUGGGAUUGGUGACCAUUGUGGAAUGCUGUCCUGUCCUCUUGGGGCCGCCACUUUUAGGUCGUCUGAAUGACAUCUAUGGAGACUACAAAUACACAUACUGGGCAUGUGGUGUGAUCCUAAUUAUCGCAGGCAUCUAUCUCUUCAUUGGCAUGGGCAUCAAUUAUCGGCUUGUGGCGAAAGAACAGAAAGCAGAGAAGCAGCAGAAAAAGGAAAAUAAAGAGGAGGAGACCAGUGUAGAUGCUGCUGAGAAGCCAAAAGAAUACACAGCAGAAUCUGAAGAGCAGAAAGACACAGAAGGAAGUCCCAAAGAGGAGGAGAGUCCAGUCUAAACGUGUGGGGCCCAAGGGUCAAUGGAGCAGCUUGUGACCCAAGAUACCUGAAAAUGUUCUACUGGCCUGUAAUCCAGCAGUGGUGCUCAAUGCAAAUAGUGGACAUUUGUGUGGGAAAUCAUACCAGGUGUUCAGUGAUGGAAUUUUUGUUUCACUCCUUACCAGUAGCCUGAAUUUAAAAUGCCAUACCUUUGGGAAGGGAGUGGUUAGCAAAGAAUGACAGAAGGAAGUAGUAUGAGGGUUUUUUUGUUUGUUUGUUUGUUUGUUUAAAUCUUAGCUUUUACCAGUGUCCAGAAGAUUAUAAUAUGUGCCUUAAGUUUUAGUCUUUAGAACUCUUUAGGGAGCCUUAACUUUUUAAGCCAUUCUGCUGAAUUCAUCUAAGUGUUACGUUGUAAGGAAGAGUAACAACUAACUUGUUUGAGACCAAUCUAAAAUUUAAAAUUAACCUUUGUUUCAUUGUUACUUGUAAUAUAGUGUCAUACAUCAUCACUGGAAGAUUUAUAAGUAGAAAUAUUCGUUGCAAGUUGGGAUUUUAUAAAAUCCUGACUAAAGUAUUUUCCUAGCAUCAAUAGUUGCCUGGCAUAGUGCCUGCUAGCUAUAUAUUUAAGAAAUUUAAGGCAUAAAGCUUUGGAAACAUCUUGGCCAUUCUAGACACAUUGUACUCAUCAGCACCUCUCUGGAAUCUUUUCUUGGGAUGCUAAUAUUAUUAGUGUUUGAGAAUUGAUUUCAUUACAUUACUGUUUUCCCUUUUCAAAGAUGCAUUUUGAGUAGUUAUAGGCCAUUGCCCCCUUUGAGGUCACUUAGUAUUUUUCAGUGUAAAAGUUAAUUUUAAAAUAUGCAAAACUAUGUAUUUGUGCCUCCUUAUUAGUAAAUACAACACAUCUAAUUAAAUGCAGACAGAUAUUUCAAACAGCAGCUGAAUUCAGCUUCAGUUUUACCAAAACCUCAGUUAAACUGUGAGACUUGGAAUCUUUUUUUGUUAAUGAUUUUCCUGGAAUCCCCCCAUUGAUUCAUAGUGGUUCCAUUUAUAUCUGUGUCAGUCUUAGAGCUGCGUGUGAGAUAUUCAAUCUUUGUAUAUUUGGGUUUUUUUCUUUAAUGUUUGCUAAUUAAAGAAAGCCAGAGCAAUUUGGCCCCAGGCAAACAAAUAAGGAUAAGAUUGGAGGAAAGUUGCUCCUUUUCUUUUUCUCAGGCCUGACAGAAAAUUAUGUUUUGCUUACAAUUGUUGGAUACAUUCUUACUUUCCACACAAACCUAAAGAUAUUGUGACCCUUUUUACUUACUUGAGAAGUAGAGAAAUGGGUUUAAUAUAAGGAUAGGGAGGAUGGACCAGAAUGAAAACUGUAAAUAUUUUUUAACCUAAUAUCUUCUAAAAGGCGCAAGAAGAUAAUGAUAGACACUCGAUAAAUUAUAUUCCGUGAAUUUAAAAAUAUCAUUGUAAUUGACACAGUGAAAGAAAGUAUAGGUACAAAACCUUUUGUGUAAGAGGCUGGCUUUUCCAAAUAAACUUUUUUUUUCUUUUUUUUAAGAAAUGUUUCUCCCUCCAAAUGUUUAUUUUCUUGAGAAAGUAUUAGUGUGUCUUUAUUUUCAGUAUCAAGAUCCAUUUUGGCCCUUGCUAAUAUUAAAUCAUUUAGCUUAUGUGCUGUGGGAAUUGUGUAUAUUGCUAAUUUUAUUUAUAUUUUUCUUCUUUCAUCUUUUCUUUAAGGCAAAGAAGAGGGGAAUUUUAAAAUCACCUCUCUGAAAGCAUCCAAAGCAGUUAGACUUAAGGACACAAUGAAAACUCCCUUUCAGUGCCUGAGUGUCAUGGCAGAUGGAGGAGGCAUUUUAGGGGAGAAGCCUGCUGUGAUUGUUGGCAGGCUCGGCUCCAGUUGGGACUCUGGUAUUUUCCAUGGCCCCGAGUCCAUAACCUCUAUGUGCUUCUUUCCCCUUCCAUAAAAACGAGGAUCACUGUCAGUGAGGUAAUAUAAGUAAAGGAAAUGGGAAGGGGAGGUAGGGUGGAGGAGGAGGAGUGCAGGAUUAUUUUCCCCAGUAGGGGAGGAAAACUUUUCCCUUCUUCCUUCCUAGGUUCUUUGGCUGGCCUAAUAAUUAUAUUGACCUAAGACAGAUUAAUAGGAGAAAAAUUUAAUUUCAUACAUGUGGGAACUUCACAUAGACUUGACAGUAUCAUAAAUAAUUAGGCAACCAAGGCUUACAAGCCAUCUUGAGCUAAAGAGAAGGGGGAUAGGGGUCUUCAGCUUCAAAAGGAAUAAAAACAAUUUAUAGAAAGAUGGGAAGAAUAAAUGUUUGGUAAACUAUGCCAUGUGGAGAACUCAUAUGUUAAAAAAAAAAAAAAAGUUAACUUUGGUAAUAGUUCUCUUCCUUGGUACAGACUCCCUGUCUAAAUUCUUGCAGGCAGUACCAAGGGAGGUAAAAAGUUCUCCUUGAGUCUGUUAGGCAUUGGUGGCCUUCAGCUCAAAUAAUCCACAUGCUAAAGUGGCCCAUUUGGGGCAGCCCUAUCCUGGACCCCAUCACUCCCAUCACAGUUGAGCUACAUCCGUACCUAAGAGCCUGCUUAGUCUUUGUUCAAUAGCUGAAUCUUUUUAGUGAGGUGAGGGGUUUGUGGUGCAGACUGACCACUACUCAUUAGCAAAAAGGGUUGAAAACCGCCUCCAAGCUGGAAUUAAACUUUUUAUUGCCAGUCCAACCCUAACUUUCUCCCCCUAAAGAGGGAGGAUUUCAGCUAUUUAUUCAACAUCAAUUUUGGUAACAGCCAACAUUAAAACCUGAUACAGGCCUACUCUGUGCCAUCUUCCUUGCUAACAGUCCCCGUGAAUUUUCUCUGUGUUGUAGGUUAUGUUCAAUACUGGGAAGCAGCCGAGCUUUCUGAUUCUGUCUGUUGUCCUUUAUUCCGUGUGAGGACUAAGUUUUAUUCCAAUUCACAUGGUUUCAGUGGCUGCUUUGGGAAAAUAGAUGUAUGCAAAAAGUACCUGCCUGUAUUUGCUUUUUCUCUGUGCCACACCCUCUGUAAGUCACAGGACAUAUACAGCUCUUAGGUAGUCAUAGUGCUUGGCUCUGUUCAAGAGUAUAUUCUGAAACAGGCUCCCAGGCCAAAGCUGGGAAAUUACUUAAGAAGCUGAUAGGUUGGACAGUUGCAGAUUAUCAUGGUGACAAGACCAUAUUCUCAUGCUCUACACAAGUUUGUUGAGAAUUUAAAUUAUCUGAACUAGUCAUGAUAAGUGAAUAAUUUCUAUAAAAAGUAUUCAGGAAAACAUGAUGGUAAAACAAAUUAUGGGAAAUUCAGAGGUGUUUUAUCCCUGAUUUAAUCACACUGAUGACUAGUCCUGAAUUCUUGGGUUAUCUGAAUUAGUUUACGUGUGUAUUAUAGAUACGUAUGUCAAUAUUAAUCCUGUAUUUUUAAAAAGGAAAAAGUUUUGUCAAAAACCACUUAAUAUUUUUGUAUGAGCCAGUGUUUUACUGUGUUGAAUUUCAGACUGAUAAAUUGGGUAUUGGUUUGUGUGAAAAACCUAAAUGUCUGGGUUUUACCUUCCCUAGCAAAUGGUUCAUAGUAUAAUAAACUCAAUAAUCAGGUAGCCAUGUGCCCCUCCACCAUUUUGCUUGGAAAGAUGAGGAAAGGUGAACAGCAGAUUUCCACCUUUGCAACAUGACUUGUUUUAAUAAUCAGAUCAGGCAUUUGCCUGGAAGACAUGAAGAAAGAGGUUAAUGACAGACUUGUGUCAAUAUGAAAAUUCUUUCAGUUCUUGACAGGAAGCGACAGCCCAAGCUUGCCUGGCUUCCCAGAUGUGAGCAAUGAAGCCAGGUUGCUUCAGAGUUCAGAAGCAUCUAAGGGGAUUUCAGGUACAUCAUUUCUGAAAUGUGUUCUGGCUUUAGCGUUUUAGAUUCUGUCUCCCCUUUUCCCCCAUUCAGUCUGGGCCAUAGUGACUAAAGCUUUCAAAUGAGAGUAGUUGGAAAAAGUAACAUGUGUAUGUGUAGAUUAUUUUUCUCCUCAACUGAACAGCAUUGAUCUACUGCAUUUUGCUGAGUUUUACCCUGACUUGCCUAGAGGAGACUGGGAUAGCUAGCAACGGAAUUGUAGUCUGCUGGUUGCUUAACAGUAUAGGCCACCUGGGUUCAAAUUGAGGCUGUGUGACUUCACACAAAUUACUUAGCCUCCAUAAGGGUCAGGUUUUCUUUUCUGUAAAGGGGUUAAGAAUAAUUGGUAGCGCACCCCCCCCCCCCCCCGGCAGAGUUGUCCGGAAGGUUAGUUGAUAUUUGACAGCUGGUGUUAAGUAAGAGCUUAAUAAGUGUAAAUACCUAUUUAAAAAAAAGUAUUGGGGAAAAAAUUGAGCUCUUCUAAUUCCCAAAAUGGAUCCUUACUUGGAGAGGAUAGUUUGGAAGAGACUCUUAAAGAUAAGAAUAUUAGCUAAAUUAUCAGAUUCUCCUUUCUGAUUAGAUCCCCCUUUUAUUCUUGUAAAUGUAAUGGUCUUUCUUUCGUAAAUGAAUGGGUGAAAUGAACAAUUUACAAGGUUGGUACAUACAUGUCUAGCUCUGUGAGCAAAAGGGUUGUAAAUCUCAAAGCCCUUGCACUCCUGAUAUUCUGACAAUACACUGUCUCCAAGGAAGAGAUGCCUGACUAGCAGCACAUAAAGCUUUCCUCUCGAUAUUUGUGAUGAUUCUAAAAGAAGAAAUAUAACUAAGCCAUAACUAGUCGUGAUUAAAAUUGUCUGUCCCUACCAAUGUUCUUAAAUGCAAAUUGAAAAAUUGGUGAGGUUUUAGUUUUUACCUACUAUAUACAUAACAUGAUUUAAGUUAUAAAUUAUCAGUUGGUGGCUGAAUAAAUUGGUGUAACAUAUUGACAGAG